UAUUUGUUCACAAUCAACAAUGAACACAGUAUUUUAUGCACAUUAACAUCUGUAUUCUAGCCUUAUCUUCAUAAUUUUUGGGAAACUUACAAUGUAAUCCAGCUGAACAGUCACAUUUGAUCAGUAGUUUGAUUCAGUUAUUUCCCCUAACAAUAUUGAUAUUACAGAGAGCAGGAUUUAAAAGUGUUUGUGAGCACUGGGACUUUCAAACCCGGUGAGACACAAUCCCCCUUCAUAAAAAAGUAGAUUUAUCUCGAUAAAGAGUAGCCAAGGGUAUAUUUUCAUUGACUAGGGCCUCCUGUACAUUGGCAGCCCUCCAAUCACACCAAUAUCCUCAACCCAUCGUCAACGCCAAGAGUAAACAGCCAUGCACUCGAAGAGUGGUCGUGUGUUAACUAGUCUCGGCCCAUGCACAGUGCAAGCUCAGCGUCGCCCCAGCCAUCGCAAGCCCAAAGGUCUGCCCUUGAAACUCUUUAUCUCAAGCCCACAUACAGCAGUGGGCCAUAAAUCUAGCCCAUCUGAUAAGUAGUCCUACUGGCAUGUUGUGUGGCGUGCAUGGCCCACAGCGCAAACAGCAGCAGCAGCAGCAGCCUGAAAUGCUGUUGCGAACCACCUGUACAGCACUCUAGGCAGUGCAUGUGAAGAAGUAGGCCUUUAGUCUCUUACUGUACAAGGAACAAAAGGAAACAAGCACAAAGCCUAGCAUAUAUAAUAUACUUACUGGCUAUAUUGUUAUUUAUUUUUAAAUUAAAUUGAGCUACUUAAAUAUCUCCUCUGCUUAUAUAUAGACUAUACUUAUAGUCUAGAUAUAAGCUUCUUAGAUAUCCGACGAUUCCUAAAUUCAAAGUAAUUGUUAGCCUACACAAAAUACGACCACAGACGAUCGCAGACGGUUUGAUUAAACGAAAUGAAUGAACAACAGACUGGAGAGGCUAAACUGAACGGAGCGCUUUAAUCUCUGAUGAGGCGCUGUGAAGCGCACUGACCCCGCAGCCCGCGGGCAGCAAAGUGCGCCUGUGCUGCAGGCGGAGGGGCGGCUGUGCUGCGGGCGCUGGGGGCGGCUGAAGACACAACUUGCGCGUUUCCUACAAAAACGUGUCGUCAUGCUUGUUUGGAUACAGACGAAGAAGCAGCAGACUUCUCCAGUGCCUGGAAUUUUUGUGAACAUAAUUUCUUGGCAGAUGACGUCUAUAGCUUUUGGAAUCCUGUUGCUGUUCUUUGCUUUAUAAGUCGAAUUAAAAAAACAUAUAUGGACUCCUGAAUGGAUCUGACAACUAACUGUUGCGCCUACUACUGCUACUACCACCACUUGUACGCUGUUAAUGCACAAGUGUGAUAUCUAGCAUACCUCAAAGUAUGUCUCGAGUGGAUCGACCGUUCUGCGGAGUCGCUGUCUGUCGCUGUGGUUGGUUUUCUUAUUAAGAGAAGACCAUGCAUCUCUUCCGGAGUUACAACUAUCAAGUGUUCCCGGACCGAGGCGCCCUGAAGCAGCGGGCGACCAUACGAGGCAUCAGCUGGACCCCACUACCAGAAAGUCUGGAUUCCAAGGACCCAAUGAAACAGUUUGUAUCAGAUCGCAUCCUGAAGGCGGCGAGGGUGGUGUACAACAGCUUGAUAGAACGCAACCCCGCCCUGAUCCGCGACAGAAAGCACCACCUAAAGACGUACAGACAGUGCUGCUCAGGUAAGGAGCUCGUCGAUUGGCUGUUGAAGCUCAACGAGGGCGGCCAAUCCAGGAGCCAAGCGGUCGGCAUGUGGCAGGUGUUGGUGGACGAAGGCAUUCUUGUUCAUGUGAAACAAGAGCUGAACUACCACGACAAGGACACCCAGUUCUACCGCUUCCUGGAGUCCGAGUUCAGCCAGGACCCCUUGAGGUCCACGGAGAAGGACCUGGAGAAAGACUCGGAGGGGGACUUGGAGAGGGACUCCGAGAGGGACUCUGGGAGGGACUCAGAGGACGAGCUCCAGGAGGGCCUCUCGCUGCUGUCCCAGAUGGGCCCUGAUGCUCUUCUCACCAUGAUCUUACGCAAACACCCCAGCCAGAGGAGUGCGGAGGACCUUGAGGUUAUCUAUGAGGAGCUGCUGCACGUCAAGGCUGUAGCCCACCUCUCCACCUCAGUGCGCAAGGAGCUAGCGGCCGUGUUGGUGUUCGAGACGCACGGCAAGGCGGGAACAGUGUUGUUUAGCCAGGGGGACAAAGGCACUUCCUGGUACAUCAUCUGGAAGGGCUCCGUGAACGUGAUCACGCACGGGAAGGGUCUGGUGGCGAAGCUGCGCGAGGGGGAGGACUUCGGCCAGCUGGCGCUGCUGAACGACGCGCCGCGGGCCGCCACCAUCAUCCUGAGGGAGGACAACUGCCACUUCCUGAGGGUCGACAAGCAGGACUACAUCAGGAUCCUCAAGGACGUGGAGGCGAACACGGUACGCCUGGAGGAGCACGGCCACACCGUGCUGGUCCUGGAGAAGAGCACCACCGACUCCACCGAUCAGGGCGGGGCAGGAGGCAGCAGCAAGUACACCGUUAUGUCGGGAACGCCAGAGAAGAUUCUGGAACACCUGCUGGAGAAGGUGAAGCUGGACACUAACGGAAAUGACACCAUAGAUUCCUGCGUGGGGGACUUCUUACUCACCCACAAAAUCUUCAUGGCCUCCAGCCAGCUGUGUCCAGCUCUGCAGCACCACUACCACGCCCAACCGCCCAAGGGCUCGGAGCUGGAGAAGGCAGACUACUCGCUGGCGGCCAGGCAGAAGGUGGUGAAGCUGCUGGGCCAGUGGGUGCUGCUCUACGGCCGGCUGCUCAAGGACGACCCCGUCGCGCUGGACUUCCUGGAGAGGCUGAAGAAGGAGGUGGCAGCGGAUAGCCGGCUGUCCACCAUGCCGAAGGAUCAGCUAAGAGAAAGGAGGAGGACUCGACUAUCCGAGAAUGGAAAUCAUUCCCUUAGCAGGCAGCACAGCCAGCAAUUUGAUUGGUUCUGCAACUGCGAGGAACCAGUGGGGAGGUUACAGCCAAUCAGAGGCCAGGAUAAAGUGUUGUAUGAGAUUUCUAGGCCAGACAACAUCCCCAUCACUCUGAUGCUCCCAGUGAACACAUCCGUACAGGAGGUGCUGUCGGCAGUGGUGAAGCCCGGGGCGGACUACGUCCUGGUCAAAAUGAACUCCAUGGGAGACAGGGCCCAGCUGAAGCUGGACUCCAGCGCCGUGUCCGCUGGCCUGGGGCUCAACGAGAGGCUCUUCAUGUGCACCUCCAGCCAGGUGGAACGGCUGAGGCCCCUAAAGGAGCAGCAGGGGCCCGAGCAGGGGACGGCAGACGCACUGGAGCAGAUGUGCUCCAAAGACGUGGCCAGCCAGCUGACACAGUACGACUGGGAGCUCUUCACUGCCAUGCAUGAGGUGGAGCUCAUCUACUACAUCUUCGGCCGCAGCAAGUUCCCCGGCGCCACCACGGCCAACCUGCAGCGCUUCGUGCGGCGCUUCAACGAGGUGCAGUACUGGGUGGUGACCGAGGUGUGCCUCUGCCAGGACCUGAUGAAGAGAGCCGCGCUGCUCAAGAAGUUCGUCAAGAUCGCCUCUGUGCUGAAGGAGCAGAGGAAUCUCAACUCCUUCUUCGCCGUGAUGUUUGGACUGAGCAACAGCGCAGUGCAGCGACUGUACAAGACCUGGGAGAGAAUACCAAGCAAAACCAAAAGGAUCUACUGUGCUUAUGAGAGGUUGAUGGAUCCGUCGCGGAACCACAGAGCCUACAGACUAGCGGUGGCUAAACUCAGCCCUCCUUACAUCCCCUUCAUGCCCCUGCUGCUCAAAGACAUGACAUUCAUCCACGAGGGAAACAAGAACUACAAGGACAAAUUAGUCAACUUUGAGAAGAUGCGGUUGAUCGCUAGGACACUGAAGAUAGUGCAGGGAUGCAGGAGUCAGCCGUACGUGCAUUCAUCCCCAACCAGGGGGCUGGCCGACCGCAUGCUGCUGGAGGCCCCUUCCAUCCGCAUCUCGACGUAUUCUGACUCUCUGCCUUGCCGGAGUCCCAGCAACAUCCGGCUGUACGUCCAGAAUCUGAGCGUGAUCGACAACCAGUGCAGACUCACAGAGCUCUCCAGGACUUUGGAGUGCUAGGGCCCGGACCAACGCAGACUCACAGAGCUCUCGAAGGACUUUGGAGCGCUAGGACCCAGACAAGCGCACAAAGAACUUAUAAAUGCACACAGAGCACCUAACGCCACGCACCGCAUCUCAGACUGAAGGCCGUCCCCCGAUGAACUGAUGCUUUUCGUUUUGGAUUACACUUAUGCAAGUGAGGGAAACCGAACGUUGGUUUUCAUCAGAGAAUGAAGCGCACUACUUGUGUCACACCAGUGACCUCUAGUGCCUUGCCAAUGAACUACAGAUACAUGUGUGCGCUGCCUAUAGUACAUAAGCCUAAGUCUGGUGCCUACAAGGACAUUUGUGUAGCACUCACUGAAUACCUGCUUUUGGAUAAGGUUACAAUGUUGAUUUUAGAGCCAAUGUAUAUAUGGGUCAGAGGUGAUUGGCUGAUGAAGUAUAUUUUCACAUGAAGGAGAAAAAGCACUGAAUCAGCACAGAAUCAUGUCAUGUAACACUUGUUUUAUGUACAGUUUUUGUAUUUCAUAAAUUAUUUUUGGAGUUUAAUGAACACAAAUCGCAGUGUGUAAAAAGGGAAAUACUUUAUUUAAAAUACAAACUUUGAACAAAAACAAAAUCCCUAAAAACAAAAAUUCUCCCCAAUAUGGGGUGAGAAGAAUUCACAACAAACAAUUUAUCAUUUGAAUUUAAAAAUAAUCUUCUUGUCAGAAAUAUAUACAACUUAUUUUAGAGUCCAAGAAAUGGGGUUGUUUAUAAAAGUCCUGACCCUCCUCCGACUAGAACCGUGGAUGAAAGAUUGCAUCAUCAUAAAUAACAGGUCGGAAAAUGAUGUUACAGAUUGAAUCAAUUACCAAAUUAAUCUAAAAGACAGUCUUCUGAAACUUUGAAACACAUUUGUUGUUUUUUACUUGACAUAAGGCUGCGCUAAAGACAGAACAGCUAUGUGACACAUAUGGUUAGUAAAAGGUGGUGCUUAAACAGGUGAUACAACUGCAUGCCACAUUCAAAUGUGACACCACAAAAUUUUCUUGAGCAGCGAACGCGGCGUGUUUCUAGGGAGGGGCUCAAGAGAAUGUGCUUCACACACACGGCAGGUUUGUGGUACAAGAAUCUGAUAGCAAAAGUGGUCCAAGAUGUAUGCACUGAGGAAAAAAAAACACCACAGUAGAAAACCAUGGAAAAACUACCUCUUCACUGCUGCCAUUAGUGAGAAUAUGAUGGCCUGUGAGGGAAACAUAAGGCUUCAAGGACUCUUAGAUCAGAUAGCGAAGCAAACACAGAAAUACGCUGAAAACAAUAAGAACGCAUGAAACCGAUCAUAAUAGUAGAUUACAAAUAUUGCACUUCCAAACAACAUGUUGUUUUCCCAGUGCCCUUUUUCCGAUGUCAUUGGGUGUCAACAGAAUACGCCCCUCAUUUUGAUGGCAGCCAUUGAUUGUGAUGGGAUUAAAUCCCCAUGAAGAUGGAAAGUCUUUGCAGUUCCACAUUGUGUUCCAACGAUUACACCAUGGUCAGAAAAAAAUAACGACAUAAUUACGACAUCAGAGCAAAGGGAAAACAGUUUUCAACCGAUUCAUACAGAAAACAGACAUUCAUAAAUACACACACCAUACUUAUGUGACCGCAUACAUUACGCAUUUCCUACGAGCACACAUCCUCACAAAGGUCAUUAACUAUCUACAUUUAAGGCACCUGUGAAACCCUAUGCAAAUACUCCACACACAACCUGUUCAAUGUUCGUUCCCUGGGUGGAUCCGCAGCCCUCUGUGGCAGUGCGGUGUGACCUCACUACCCUCCUUGCUAGCACACAUCCUCAUACACACGCGAGCCCUUUAAUCAAAGAGGCCCUUAAAGCCUACAGAAUGGCCUGCGGGGAGCUGAUACCUCUGCAGCAUGGAGCGGGGAGGACCCCCACCACCGCCUGCACCCCCAGAACACAUUUCCUCCACCUGCCCUCAGGCUCCAACAGGAUGAUUGUCGCUUCUGCUCUUCAAGACAUCGUUAUGUAACAGUGGCUUUACAAGAGGUUCUUCCUCCUGAUCUUUCUGCCUUUUUUAUGACCUCAUGAGAAUACAGCAGCCCCGGUUCUGAGGGGAAAGGCGACAGCACCCCGCCCGCUGUUGACAGAAGGACGGGGGCCUGGCUCCCCGGCAGGUCGUGGGUUCCAGUCCCCUUCCCAGGUGAGAGAACAGGAUGUGGACGAGGCUGCAGCAGGGUUCACACCCGAGGAGUGGAGGAGGCCGGAGCGUGUUCAUACUCGGGACCGCGGCAACGAACAACCACCAGUAGGAGACCAAGGCUGACCUCCGAGGACGGUCUUCACACAGUCUUUGGUGUUUUUAUCAGUAGAUUCUUCCGUUGAGUGCAAAAAAAACAAAAAAAACAAACAAACAAAAAUAAAAAAUGUAACUACACUGAAGUAUACACCAUCCUCAGGCAGGUUGAAAUGAGGUUCAUCAACGAACGCUUUGGUCAAUUGUGGUGUUAUAUUAUGUUUAGUAAUAACGUUCUAUUCUACACUUACUGUCUUUGGUUCAGCGUGUACCUUUCCAGAUGAAUACCAUGGAUUCCUAUUUAAAAAACUACAAGGAUUUUCAGAAAGGUGGACAGGGAGUUUGGGAUGAGUCAGCAUUGGGCUGCGGUCCUUCAGAAGUACAUGCAGUCUUUUUAGCACCAAUAAUAAAGUGUUCAAACAAAAUGUAUUAUGUGGAGGCGUGUAAAAAAAACUAAAAUCCUCAGGAACCUUUCAUUCCAUAGUGUAGGACAAAAUAUCUGGUGGUUCAGUCCAACCUUGAGCCUGAAGCCAGUUUCUACCGAGCAGGAGAAAUAGUCUUGAUCUGUCAGUUCAAAACACUGCAGAAAAGAAAGUGUAAAAAAAAAAAAAAAGCAAAGACAUUCAUUUGGUUUGGAGAUCAUUUUGGUUUGUGUCGUCUCAUCUUCUAGUGCAGCACAGUGGAGUUCCAGUGGUCGUUUCUCCUCCUAACUCUCUUCACACUGCAAAGUCUGAUCGUCUCUCCUUCUG